GGAACUAUUAGCUCAUUUUCUCUCCCUAGUCUGUUUUGACCACAUUCAUACAACUGCAGUCAACACAUCUGAUCUGUCGGUCAAAUCAUAAAGUGUUCAAACAAACAAUGUUCCAAUCCAUAAUUUCUUUCCUGUAAAGUCAGAGACAUGGCCUCUGCAUUGUCUGAGGAGCAGUUUUGCUGCAGCAUCUGUCUGGAUAUCUUCAACAGUCCUGUGUCCAUCCCAUGUGGGCACAAUUUCUGCUUGGGAUGCAUCAAACGCUUCUGGGAUACAAGACCUAAGUCGGAGUGUCCGCUGUGCAAAGAGGCCUUCAAACGCCGCCCGGAACUCAGGAUCAACGUAGGCUUAAAAGAUAUCACUGAGCAAUUUAAAUGGUCUCUGAAGGACAAGUCAAAAUGCAAACCAGCUCCCUCAGAGAGAAGAAUUUCAAGACAGGCCUCCAAGUCUGAUGAAGUUCCGUGUGAUGUCUGCAAGGGAAACAAGUCAACAGCGGUCAAGUCGUGCCUCGUCUGCCGGGCAUCCUACUGUGAGAUUCACCUGACACCUCAUAUAAGGGAUCAAUUGAUGACGAAGCACAUGCUGACAGAUCCAGGCACCUUUGUUACCAGUCACCUCUGCAGAAAUCACAACAAGCUCCUGGACAGGUUCUGCAAAAGAGACAAGAUACCUGUUUGUGUGAAAUGCAUAGAGAGGGACCACAAACACCAUGAGAUCGUCCCCAUGGAGAAUGAGAGCAGAAGGAUCAGGACUCAGGUGAAGAAGACCGACGCAGAGAUUCAACAGAUGAUCCAGACCAGAAUCAGAAAGUUUGAGGAGAUCAAGGCUUCAGUGCAGUUGAGCAAAAUAAAUAAAGAAAGACAGAUACAGACAAGUGUUCAGGUCGUCACCAUGGUGAUGAGCGCCAUUGAGAGAAACCAGGCUUUGUUCAUCGAUGAGAUGGAGCAGAAGCAGGGAGCAGCUGAGAGGCGAGGGGAAGAGCUCCUUAAAGAGCUUGAGCAGGAAAUCAAUGAACUGCAGAGGACACGCAGUGAACUGCAGCACCUGGAGCACACCGAGGACCCUCUUCAUCUCAUACAGAGUUACCCCUCUCUGAGCACCCCAUUGUCCACCAGAGAUUGGUCCGAUGUCAGAGUCCAAUCAGACAACUCCGUAGGAACAGUGAGGAGAGCUUUCUCUAAGCUGGUGGACCUCUGCCAGGAACUAGAAAAUAAACUGUCUGCAGAAGAAGUAAGCAAUUGCCAUCAAUAUGCAGUGGAUGUGACUCUGGAUCCUGCAACUGCUGCAGGCUGGCUGAUUCUGUCUCCAGAGGGAAAAAAGGUGAGCCUGGGCUUCCAGCAGAAGAAACUCUCUGUCCCCGAUGAUCCCCGCAGGUUCGACUCCUGUGUCUCUGUUCUGGGGAAACAAAGCUUCACCUCUGGAAGACACUACUGGGUGGUUCAGGUUGGAGAUAAAACUGACUGGGAUCUUGGCGUGGCCAAGGAGUCCAUCAACAGAAAGGGUCUGAUCACAGUGCGUCCUGACAGCGGUUACUGGGCGAUCUGCCGACGAAAAGGUGGCAGUCUCAGUGCCUGCGCCGGCCCAUCUGUCACUCUCCAUCUCCAAGAAUACCCUCAGAAAGUGGGAGUCCUCCUGGACUAUGAAGAAGGGUUGGUGUCCUUCUACGACACAGAUGCAAAGACUCACAUUUAUACUUACAGCGGAUGUACCUUCACAGAGCCUCUAUAUCCAUACUUAAACCCCUGUCUUCAUGACAACGGGAAGAACACUGCCCCGCUGAUUAUCUGUCCUGUUGAGGCUGGGUUUGCUGAAGGGACUGUAGCUUUUUGAAUGGGAGACUCAGGCCACACUUUUUCACACAGCAAAGUCCAUGCACAUUUCCUUAUCUGUAAGGCUUUUAUUUUUCUGAAGAGAAAAUUUAAAUUGGGUGCAUACCACAGGUGUGCCCCACCUUGCUCUUGCUCUCUCCAUCCACAUCUUCACUAAUCUGUUCAUUGCUGGCAAUUGAUGAAGAUCGUUCUUUAAAAAGAUACACUGAUGUUUGUUGUAGUCGUGUUUUAAAAUCCCCCAAAAUCUGCUACAGUGAUCAAGAGAUGUCAGCUUCCAAAAGCACAAGUAUUUGGAGGAAUAAAAAAAGGCAACACACAAAUUUAGAAACACAUUCAUCAAUUUUACAAUGUUAAUGUAAGCCUGGGCAUGUUUAUGGGUUUGUAGUGUCACCCCAGAAAUGUCUUUUGUUUUGAAAUGUUGUAGUUCCAAACUGAAGCCUGUAGGCAGCAGCUAAUAGUCAGGCAAGCAGAACUGUGUGCAGUUUUCCAUCUCCCUUAUGCAUUAAAGGAUUGGCGUUGUUGCACCCGGAUUUGGCCAAGAUGGGGGUGCACCAAACUGCUCUCAAUCAUCAUUUAGGAGUCAGUCCUUACACCCUGCAACAGGUGAUCUGAAUAACCCUCUAAUCAAGAAUGAGGGGGUGCUACAAACUGAAGGAUUAAGUCUGCCUUCAUGGGUUGAUGAAUUCUCCUACAAACUAUUAAAAAUCCUCCUUGGUUCUUCAGAAAGCUCUGAGCUCAUGAAAAGUUGACUUUUUGGAGAUAUGUGGUUCUCACAAGGCAACAACAACGCAAACACAUGAUGAUCUUAUAGAAUAUGAUGCAUUGCUGUAGUUUAAAGUACUAACUAUAGGCUAUAUACAAAUGUGUUCAAAUUAGCUCAACUUUAAACAACUACAGCAGUAAAUAUAAUAUAAUGUAAUGUUAAUUAAGGUUUUGAAUGCAGGACUUUAACUUGUAGUGAAAUAUUUUUUACGGUGUGGUAUUGGUACUUCUGUUUUCUUUUACUUUUAGGUACAGGAAAUGAAGGAUAUUGAAUACUUUUUUUGAAUGAAACUUCCAGAUGUAACUGCUUGUGGUGUCUGUUACUGCAGUGUUUUUUUUAUGGUGAAAAUGUCUUCUUCAUUUGCUUGUUCUUCUUUCAUUUGCAUGUGUUUUCUUGAGUUGCUGUGAAGAAAUUUGGGAGCACUGUAACGAAAUCAAAGCUUUUAACAAGGUUUUAAAAAAGGUAGUUCUGAAUGUAAGUGUGGAAUGGUGAAUACUGUUAUUGUGUUGUUUAUAUAUUUAAUAAUCCUCACUUUAUCGAUCCUUUUAUGCUCUAUAAAUGUUUGUUAUGAGGUUUAUAAUUGUGCACCCUAUUCUCCUUGACAUAUUCAAUGCUUUUCCUUAUUAACCCAAUGCAUCAGCAGUGUGGGAACGGAUAAUUUGGCUUCUUUUGUCAGUCUUCAGGUGUUAUUAUAUUAGUUGACUGUGAGACUUCAUUUACAGCUGAUGAAUGCUGCUAAUUAGCAAUAAUCUUAAUAUAAAACAGUUGUAAAGGAUUGUGUGUCAUUGUUUUGAAGUUAUUCCAGAUAUCAAUGCCAAUAUCCAUGAGGUGUUUAAUUUUUCAACCCUGUUUUUAAAGAUGUUUUCUUACAUAUUUGUACAAAAAGUGACAGAUCGCGGGUCUCUUUUUGGUAUUUAUCACUGUUAUGUACUGCUUUUCUAAGACAAGGAUAACACUUGUGUGUUGUUUUGUGUUUUUUUACCUUUUUACAUUCCUUAAUGUAUUUAAUUGAUUUAUUUUUGCUUAUUAUUAUUUUUUUUUUCUGGUUGUGUAAAAAAGACUGUAUAUACCUUUUGCAUUAAAUACAUUUUGUAAAACAAAAAUACCUUUUUCUUCUUAAACUUUAAGUCAGUCUUAUUGCUCUUGUUUGUAAAAUUGUCAUAAAACUAAAGCAUCUAUUGAAUAACUCGAAUGACACGCAUUGUGUUGUGCCAUCUUCUUUGCUGUUGUGUGCUGAGGCAGCAGGCUGAGGGCAGCAGAUGCCAAGAAGAUCAGCAGGAUCAUCAGGAAGGCUGGCUCCAUCCUGGGGGUCCAACUGGACUCUUUGGUGGUGGUGUCUGAGAGAAGGAUGCUGUGUAAACUGCACAGUAUCCUGGACAACAACGCUAAUUGUUUGAUUUAUUUUAUGUUAGCCUUUAUUUUAUUAUUUAUUUUAUUUCAUUUUAUUUUAUGUAAGCUUAUUUUUACUCCAACCCUGUAUUACUUUCUCACCUUUGUAUUGCAACUGUUGCACAGUAAUUUCUCUCAGGAUAAAUAAAGCUUCUUGAAUCUUGAA